AUGCCAUAUUCGCUUUCUGGUGACCUGGGCGGCACUAAGUGCUUUCUUGCCAUUCACGACCUCGAUGUCCUGAAGACCGAUCCUCGUGCCGCUCCUCUCCUUGAGCACGAGCUCCUUUGCAAAGACUAUCAAUCUACGGGAGACCUCAUCAACGAUUUCCUCAAGCGCUGGGAUAGGGAGACGCCCAUCGUUGGCUGCCUCGGCGUAGCUGGUCCCGUAACCAAUGGACGAGUGUGCAUUACAAACUUAGACUGGAACGAGAGCGAAGAGGAGCUGCAGAACACGACAGGCGUGGGCAAAAUGAAGCUUAUCAACGACUUUGCGGCCAUCGGCUACGGGCUUCUGGCUAUCCGUCCUGACGACUAUCUCGACUUUGACGCAAGAAACGGCUCCGUGAGUACCCCUACUGUCGUUCCGGACAACUCGACCGGGAUCGUCUCCUACGCAGGUGCUGGGACAGGCUUUGGCGUUGGAUUUGUCGCUGAUGGAGUCGCAUACGCAGCUGAGGGCGGGCACACGACGUUUUCUCCCAUGGAAGCCGAAGACCAUGCACUUGCGCAAUUCAUCAAGGAAAAGUACAACACGGAUCAUGUCAGUUUCGAGCGCGUUGUCUCUGGUCUUGGUCUUCGCAAUAUGCACGACUUCUUCUGGAAGAAUUUGAGUGGUCUGGCGAGUCCUGUGCUCCGAGAACACGUGCUCUCCAGAGACCACGACAUCGACAUGGGCUUCCUUGCCAAAUGUGCGGAGACAGGGGAUAAGUAUGCACUCAAGAUUUUCAAGAAAUUCUUUUACUAUUACGGCUUCUACCUUGGCAACAUCUGUGUCCUCUUCAGGCCCAAGGAUUACUUCAUUGCCGGUGGGAUUCUGGCCAAGGAUCUCAACCUUGUUUGCGGACCCUGCCGUGAGGAUUUCUGUCGUGGGCUGUACACAAAGGGGCGAAUGUCCCACCUGCCAAAUGGAGUGUCGUUCCAUGUUGUGACAAACCAGAAGCUCGGCAUUGUUGGAGCUGCUUAUUUCUGUACUAAGAUGUGA